CGCUUUACUCAAUAUUCUCCCCCUUCUCUUCUUUUUUUCCCUUUCCUUUUUCUUUCUUCUUUAUUUCUCUUCAAUUCAAUCACGAACAAGCUACCAUUGCAUUACAAUCACAAUUACAAUUUUCUCAUCAACCAAACGCUCUCAUUUCACCGGAGCACAGCAAUGGCAGCCUCCACCAAUUCCUCCGGCGGUGCCUUGCCGUUGCUAACCAACCGAACCGCCGUAGCAGGUCUCAAGUUCUAUGUCUUAGUCCUCAUUUUCCUUGCAAUCGUAGCUGCAAUUGUUCUCACCACCUUUCUCUGCUUUCGCCGGAACCGAAUCUCAAAAAAGAGUAAAAUGCGGCGAGUGAAGCAUAGCUCCGGCACAAUUCCACUCGUAUCAAAGGAGAUCGUGGAGGUGAUCAAGAUCGAACACGUUGACGAUGAUUCGAAGAUGAAGAAGAAGGUAGAGUCCGAUGAGAUCGAAGAGAGUAGUAGUGUGUCGGUGGAGUCUCCGUCACAGAAUAUAGGUUGGGGACGGUGGUAUAGCUUGAAGGAACUUGAAAAUGCGACGGAUGGAUUUGCGGAAGGGAACGUGAUCGGAGAAGGAGGGUAUGGAAUUGUAUACAGAGGAAUUCUGCAAGACGGUUCUGUGGUAGCUGUCAAGAAUCUACUCAACAAUAAGGGUCAAGCACAGAAAGAGUUUAAGGUGGAGGUUGAAGCCAUUGGAAAAGUGAGGCACAAGAAUUUGGUCGGGUUAGUUGGUUAUUGUGCAGAAGGUGCUCAAAGGAUGCUUGUUUAUGAAUAUGUUGACAAUGGAAAUUUAGAGCAGUGGCUGCAUGGUGAUGUAGGACCUAUUAGUCCCUUGACUUGGGAUAUACGAAUGAAGAUUGCUGUUGGAACUGCAAAAGGACUAGCCUAUUUGCACGAAGGCUUAGAACCCAAAGUUGUCCACCGCGACGUAAAAUCCAGUAACAUUCUUUUGGACAAACAUUGGAAUGCCAAAGUAUCAGACUUUGGACUGGCCAAGCUCUUAGGGUCUGGGAAAAGCUACGUGACAACACGUGUGAUGGGGACAUUUGGAUAUGUUUCACCUGAGUAUGCAAGCACUGGUAUGCUUAAUGAGGGCAGUGACGUGUAUAGUUUCGGGAUUCUACUCAUGGAGCUAGUUACAGGAAGAAGUCCUGUUGAUUAUUCUAGACCACCCGGAGAGAUGAACUUGGUUGAUUGGUUUAAGGGAAUGGUAGCAAGUCGUCGUGGUGAGGAGCUAGUUGAUUCUUUAAUUGAGAUUCAGCCUUCUCCAAGAUCUUUGAAGCGAGCUUUACUGCUCUGUCUGCGUUGCAUAGAUUUGGAUGCCAAUAAGCGACCAAAGAUGGGUCAAAUUGUUCAUAUGCUUGAGGCAGAUGAUUUUCCCUUUCGUUCUGAACUAAGAACUAGAGAGAGAAAUCAUGUUCCCUCUCAAGAAGACACGUCCAAAAAGGCUCCGUAUCCAACAAGGCAUGUGGAGCCAGCUUAUAAAGCAAGCUGGAGAUGAUUGUCGAGGGCAAUGCCCAUGGUAGCCCAGGAUUACGCAUUACUUGACCUGAUGAUGUUCAACUUGUUAUGGAAGAGUCAGAAGCCAUUGUGCAUAUCUUAUACCACGUAGUUGUUUUUCUUUAGGUCUUAACAUAUUUUGUUGUAUUGCUUAUAUUAUCUUGUGAAUAAACGAGCCUUGUAAAUAUGUAGUAUCUCUCAAGAUAUAACAAUUUUAUCAGUCUGAAUAUGAUAAUAUUUUUGCAUUAUUGCUUA